UAUGUGAUAACAAUGACAAUAAUUAGUAAGUGAAUGUACUGGUGGUGUAAAUGAAUUUAACGUGGCGUUGUCUUCAGUUAUGUGCUGAAUCCAUCCGGAAGGUUUUAUCGGAAACACGUGAAGCGGCGCAGGAUGAAAACAGAGCAGGAUGAGCGCGCCGACUGACAGCCAGCCCGUGUCCAGCUCAGAGGAAACAAGAAGUCGUCUUUGCGAUGAGUUUGCCAGCAUAACCAGCACCGACGGCGCUGUGGCUCAGUGCUACCUGGCUGAAAAUGACUGGGAAAUGGAGAGAGCGUUGAACUCAUUCUUUGAGGCAGACCUGGAGAGAGUUUUUGAGAUAGAAGAUUCACCAGAGAGAGAGGCGGGAACGAAAACCAAGAGAAUGAGGGUUGAGGGAAAUGCUCCAGGGGACUGCAUUGAUUUGACCCAGGAAAGUCCUGCCUCGUCCAGUAAAGACAACGCAGCUGAAACAAAGCAAGAGGAAGACAAUGGGAAACUGUCGCUGAUCUCCUGGAACGUGGAUGGACUCGAUACAGACAACCUGGCAGAGCGCGCCCGAGGCUUAUGCUCCUACUUAGUCUUAUAUACUCCUGAUGUGGUGUUUCUACAGGAGCUCAUCCCACCCUAUAUUCAGUACUUGAAGAAACGGGCUGUCAGCUACACUCUGAUUGAAGGUGGUGAGGAGGGCUACUUCACUGGGAUUAUGCUGAAGAAAUCACGAGUCAAACUGCUGGAGAGUGAGAUAGUCACUUACCCUACCACCCAGAUGAUGAGGAACCUGCUCAUAGCUCAGGUGAAUUUCAAAGGGCAGAGUCUUUGUCUGAUGACGUCCCACUUUGAGAGCUGUAAAGGCCAUGCAGAGGAGCGGAUGAAGCAGCUGCGACUGGUGAUGCAGAGGAUGAGGGAGGCACCUGACAACAUCACUGUCGUGUUCGGAGGAGACACCAACCUGAGAGACACCGAGGUGGCCAAGGUGGGUCUGCCCAGCAGCGUCUGUGACGUGUGGGAGCGGCUCGGCAAGCAGGAGCACUGCCGCUACACGUGGGACACCAAGACCAACAACAACAAGACCGUUCCCUACAUCAGUCGCUGUCGCUUCGACCGGAUCUACUUCCGCCCUGCGGCCACAGAGGGGGUCCCACACCUGGCUCCUGACCACAUGGCCUUGGUGGGGCUGGAAAAGCUGGACUGUGGACGCUACACCAGUGAUCACUGGGGCAUCUACUGCAGUUUCUCUGCUGGGUAGAGAUACACAGAACAACCUGAAACACACCGGUCAACAGGGCUGGGAGGAGCCGGAGUUUAAAGCUUUAAUGAGUGCUAACAAAAUGUCUGGUAAUUGUGUUUAACUUGGUUUGGAAAAAAACUGUUGAUUUCCUGAGAAUAAUGGGGUACAGCAGGUUUUGGUCAGAAAUAUCCAGCUGCUAUAUUACUGUGGGCUUGAUGCCUGCCAGUAUUCCUGCAUAGAUACCCAGUGAUAAAUGUGAAAACACAGCGUUUUGUGAUACAGACAUGCACAUCAUAUGCAUUACCUGUUCUCUGUGUCAAAGAACCUGGUCUGAUUUUGGAUAUUUCUCCGAAAAUGUCUAUUCUCAGAAAGAACAGUGUUAAAAAUAAUAAACGCGCCCAUUACCUUGUGACUGACAGGAUAAUCAAUCCAGAAUUUGAAUUCCAGUCUUUUGUGCCAAGAAAGAUGUAUUCUGUGUUCAGAGGGGAGGUUUUUAUUUUUCAGCAAUGCUGGCCUUGCUGGCGCUUGUUAAGUAUCCGUAUACUUUCUCUGUGAAAGCUUAUCUGUAGGCCUGAUCUGAGGUUGGAUGGUUGUCAUUAAUUUUUGUCAUGAUUUGAAUUUUUUUUAGUCUCUGAAUGCUGCAUUUCAAAAUUCCUUUGUAAAAUGUAGAAAUGACCAAUAAAUUAAACAUUUCAGUGUU